CCGUUCCGUGAACGCUGCGAACGAAGCCCUCGCAGCGCCUCCCCUAGAGCCACUCGAACCUCGUCGCCCAACCUUAGGCUACGCCACGUACAGACUCGUCGUCACAGCGCUCGCAGUACCUCACCAAACAAGAACGCUCGCAGCGUCUCUCCUAGAGGCGGCGGCGUUACACCCUUCUGCGCCGAGACUCCCUCAUCAUCUACCGGCGAGUCUAUCACAUGCUCCAAGUUUGACCUCACUAAUUGCAUGUCGCGCAUCCCGUCAAACCCAAAGACUUUCGCGUUCCUCUUACUUGCUUCUUCUGGUACCAUACAGGAGACUGCAAAAAGUCUGACAACAAGUGCCUCCAUGUCUACAUCAAACUACAUCGCGCAUAAUAACUGGCUGACAUCACAUAGCUACGCACACUAUCACACCGGCACCGUCGCAGAGCCACCCAUCUCCUACAACGGCAGAGCUAUGGGCGGAAACAGAGCCAAGAAGAUGAUUGGCAACAUCAGCCAGCGCGAGGAAGAACUGAGCACCCGCGGCGCAGAACUCUACGAUGCCGAGCAACGCCUUGCUGCCGCACAAGCCGACCAUGUAGAGCAGGUCAACACAGUUACUGCACGUCAAAAGAUAUUCAGCAGCGCGAACAGACUGUUCAGCAGCGCGGUCCAGGAACGUGAACAAGCUGUUCAGAAACGCGAGCAAGCAGUUCAACAGCGCGAGCAAGGCCAGCAGCAUGCACAGGCUCUCAUCACGAGAGAGCUGUCUUCACCCGUCAACACAACAACUACGAACGCGAGCAAGCUUUUGCUGCUNUUCGAAGAGGGAAUGCUUCGCCAGCUCGAAGGAAACUACACCAGCAUUGCCUCAACUGUCAAUCAGAUGCGUAGAGCUGUGGGCAACGCACAAGGCGUCCUCACCAAUCGCCGCCAGCAAGUGCUUUACCAUGAAAAUUUUCCCAAUCUUGCGCAAGGCACUCACGGACAAGGCAGAUACGGUGGUUCUAUUGCCAUCGAUGGUGCGAUUGGUGCACUUGAAGGUCUGGAUCAGAUGCUUGCACAGAGCGAAGUCACGCUCCUCAGUCAAAUCCACAACGCUAUUCGCCGCCAG